AUGUUUUUAUCAGUGAGCGGUUCAGGAUUUCACAUGAAUUAUCGUUAAGAAGUUAGACUCCCGAAAUUGCAAGGCCAUAAAGUACAGGCGUACAGUAUGCCUAAGCAUCGACAAUUAAACAGUCCAGAAGAGAAACCGAUAUCUCCUGAUAGGUUUCUCAAGUACCUGAACAAUAAAGUUCAAUCACAAGCAGGAGUUUACAGAAACCCUGGAGCUGUUCAGUCUUCGAUGAUUUUGAUUGCAAAACAAAUGAAGUUCUCUUCUGAUCAGCAUACUCACAGACAGAAAGAGAAAUCAAUAAAAAUAAUUGAGUAAUCGAAUGAAUAUAAAUACAAUUUGGGAUUGGGAAACAAUCAUGAAUUAGUUCAAAGGAUUAUGGAUACCAGAGUCGAUUGGUAGUAAACUAAGGAUAACUCAUCGAUGUUUGUUAAUUUUAGAUGGUAAUAAUGGCAUAGAGGUUACAAAUAUGAUAGAUUGAUCUUGAAUAAUUAAUACAAAUAAAUGGUCAAUCAUUUUGAAAAUCAUCCAGAACUCAGCAAUAAAUAAUAUCUGUUCAGAAAUCUCUGUUCCUAUUGUGAAGUAUUAAUUUAUUACUUAGAACUUCUUAGUAAAACAAAAUAAAUGUAUAUGAUUCAGUUCCGAUAACAUUCGUCUUAGAUUUUAAAGAUGACUCUGUUGACCAACAAUUUACUUAAUUUGUUAAGUUCUUUGACAAGUAUGCACCCAAGAAAAUUGAUCAAAUGGCAAAAAAAUUGGUAGAAUACAAAAAGAAAUUAAAAGUAUUAUUACUAUAAUAAGUCAGAUUCCAGUCUAACCUAUGAAUGAUAAGAAAAUAUAACCAAUACCCAAUAAGAUUCCAAAGACUUAGAAUGGUAAUCAAUACUUAUGGUUAUUGAAACCCACAUUUUUAAAUAGAGGACAAGGAAUUCAUGUUGUUAAUGAUUUGGAUACUAUCAUAUCACUUAUAUGUGAAUAUCAGGAAGGACAUCAAACUAUAGAAGAUGAUGACGUAAAGAAUAACAAAAAGAAUAAUAAUAUCAAGGCCAAUUCCUUUGUAAUUUAGAAGUACAUUGAAUAACCAUUUCUCAUCAAUCAAAGGAAGUUUGACAUAAGAGUCUGGGUAUUAGUUACCUAGGAUCUUCAUUGUUAUUUUUUUAAAGAAGGGUACAUACGCACAUCUUGUGAAAAUUAUACAACCGAUGAUGUGAGCAAUUAAUUUAUUCAUUUGACCAACAAUGCCAUUUAAAAGUAUUCAGACAAAUAUGGAGAGUUUGAAGAUGGCAAUCAACUAUCAUUCGAUGAUUUUUAAAAUUAUCUAAAUCAAUAAGGAUUUAACAUUGAUUUUUAAUAAAAUAAUGUAGCAAAGAUGAAAUAGCUAGUAUGGAUGUCAAUGCAAUCUGUAAAGAGGAAGCUGAAUCUUCAUUAAAGAAAAUUCUGUAUGGAAAUUUUUGGAUAUGAUUUCAUUAUAGAUCAAGAUUUUAAGACUUGGUUGAUAGAAAUUAAUACAAACCCUUGCAUAGAGGAAUCAAGUGGAAUUUUAAAAAUGUUACUACCAAGAAUGUUGGGUAAUCAAUUAUAUGAUGUAUGUAGAUGAUGCUUUCAAAUUAACAAUUGAUGUCAUAUUUCCACCUAAAUAGAAGUUAGAGAUAAAUGAAUCAGUAUUCCCAGUCAAUAAAUACUCUAAUACGGAAUCAUUAUGGUAUUGAUUACAUUUAUUAAAAGGGAAUCGAUUGGGAAUCUAGACUCACCUAAACCUGCAGUCAAACAGAGUGCUAUUGUUUUACCAAAUUAGUUAUCUUAACAAAAUCAGCAGUAUCAGACAAUCAUACCAAUAUACUAAGGAGAUUUAUGA